CUGUGACGUCACGGUCCGGAUUGGGGGCAUUGUUAGGGUCGAAGAAGUGGCCCGUGGCGGGCGCGUGGUUGCGGCCUGAUGAAAAAGGUGGUUCCCAAGCAGUCUCCGCCCAAGUUGUUCGAAAAGAAGCGGGCGAAGGUCCCUGAACAGCCCACACCCCCGAUUCAGGAAGAACCUGAGCCCGUUAGCAAUGUCCUCCAAGGAGAUGACAUUCUUGCCUUGGCCAUUAAGAAGGAAGAUCUGAAGAAGCAACACAGUCCUCGCCUUAUUGAAACAGAAGAUAAACCUGUCACUACCCAGAAAUUUAUCAUCCGUAAACUCAAACCCAAGGAUCGUAGGAGGAAGGUGUGCCACUUAGUGGCACAUCCCGCGACCCCAGAUGCAGCCACAAAGCCCCUGGACUACUCUGGACCAGGCGACAUCUUCCACGGCAGUGACCAGAUCUUGUCUCACCAUAUCUUGGGGAGUCUCCAUGACUUCAAGAGAAUUGCACUUGCUCGAGGGAACACCGAGCUGGUCGAGCUGAUCCACACCCCGCCCUGUCUGAUGACCCUCAUCUCGGAUACAGAAGAGCCCAAGCGGGAAGCCCCCAAGGAAGAGAAGGCACACCCUCCCUGGGCCCCACCUCCUCAGCACAACUUUCUGAAAAACUGGCAGCGCAACAUAGCCCUGUGGAAGAAGCAGCAGGAAGCCCUCAGUGAACGACUGAAGAAGCCAGUGGGUGAGCUGCUGAUGCACAUGGGGGAGACCUACAGACAGAUCCAGGAGGAACGGGAGCUCAUUGACCGUGCGCUGCCCAGGCGGCCCGAUGGGAAGGUCUCUGGAUUGACCAAUGGGUUCUGGAGUCGACUGGAAUACUUGGGAGAUGAAAUGACGGGUCUGGUAAUGACGAAGACAAAAACUCAGCGUGGCCUCGUGGAACCAAUCACCCACAUCAGGAAGCCCCGCUCCAUCCAGGCGGAGAUGGGAUUGCCAGCCCAGAAGGAUGCUUGGUACCGCUACACCUGGGAUCGGAGUCUGUUUCUGAUCUACCGACGCAAGGAGCUGCAGAGCAUCAUGGCAGAGCUGGAUUUUAGCCAGCAGGAUAUUGAUGGCCUGGAGGUGGUGGGCAGAGGGCGGCCUUUCUCGGCUGUUAUGGUGGAAGACUGUUCGGUGUUCGAAAGGAGCCAGGAAAGCUCCUCUACAGACACACUGCACUUAGACUUAUUGACCAAUCACUGUGAUAUGGUCCCCAUGGCUGUUCUUGGCCCUUCUCUGCUGUUCUGUGGGAAGCCAGCUUGCUGGAUCCGAGGCAGUAACCCAGAGGACAAGAAGCAUGUUGGGAUUGCUGUCCGCUUGACCUUCGAAACUCUAGAAGGGGAGAAAACAUCUUCGGAACUGACCGUGGUCAAUAACGGCACCGUGGCCAUUUGGUACGACUGGCGACGACGGUCCCAGCCGGACUCUUUCCAAGACCUGAAGAGGAACAGGAUGCAGCGGUUUUACUUCAACAAUCGGGAAGGUGUGAUUCUGCCUGGAGAAACGAAAACCUUUACCUUCUUCUUCAAGUCUUUGAACGCCGGGAUCUUCAGGGAAUGUUGGGAGUUUGGAACCCACCCCACCCUGUUAGGAGGUGCCUCUCUGCAGGUCAAUCUCCAUGCAGUCUCCCUGGCCCAGGACAUUUUUAAGGAUGAGAGGAAGUUACUGGAGACCAAGCUGGCUUCCCACGAAGCAGUCACCGUCGUGGAGAACGUGCUGCAGGAGCUACUGAGAGGGAUCCUGACCCCGGAGCGUGCACAGUCACCCGUGGAUGCCUACCUCACGGAGGAGGACCUGUUCCACCAUAGGAACCCUCGGCUGCACUACCAGCACCAAGUGGUGCAAAACCUGCACAGACUGUGGCGCCAGUGCACGAUCCUGCCCCCCAAGGCCAAGGAGGCCAGGCCAGGCGAGGAAGAGCGACUCAGUCCCAGGGCCCAGGCUGCCACGGCGCCCCCAGCCCACUGUGAGGAGGCCUCGAUGAAGGUUGAGUCUUCUGUGCACCUCAAGAGCCCGGCAUUGGACUCCCAACCUCCCUGGCAGGACAGUGAGGCCCUCAGGGACACCCGAGAUCCUUUUGGGUCCCAGAAGACCAGGCCGGGGGCCAAGGGUUCUCAGCGGAAGAGCCUCAUGGAGGAGAUCCCGGUGGAGGGGAGGCCAGACCUGGAGAGCGCCAGGAGGCCCUGGGAGCUGGGCAGCCUACCCCCGGCCCAGUGGAACCUCUGCCUGGAGAGCUUCAGAAAGGUGGUGAUGGCGCUCCCGGAGGAGAACCAGAGAGAAGAUGCCCUCAUCAGGCUCAACAAAGCGGCCCUGGACCUGUGCCAGGAACCGCGGCCAGUGCGGUCCGACUUCCUGUACCAGAUGUGUUUGCAGCUGUGGCGAGAUGUGAUUGACAGCCUGGUGAGCCAUUCCCUGUGGCUGAGGGCUCUGCUGGGCCUGCCUGAGAAGGAGACCAUCUAUCGGGACCUGCCAGAAGAGCAAGAUCGAAAAUCGCCUCCAGUCACAGAAAUAAAGGUGACUUCUGGGAGAGUUGGGAAGGAGGACCGAAAAGGGGUAGCCCAGGAAAAGAAGCAGUUAGGAAUCAGAGACAAAGAGGAUAAAAAAGCAGCCAAGCUGCCACCUGGGAAAGAGGACCGUUUAAACAGCAAGAAGCACAAAGCCAAGGAUGACAAGAAACCUGUGAAAUCUUCAAGCCGGGACAGGAUCUUCUUGGAAGCCCCCGCCCCUGACAGCACCACCCCGUCUCAGGAGCCCAUAGAUCCCCUGGUCAUGGAGAAAUACACCCAGAGGCUGCACACGGAGGUCUACGGGCUGCUGGAUGCCCUGGUGACGGACCUGCUGGUUCUGGCUGAGGAGCUCAGCCCCGUAAAGAAUGUUGAGGAGGCUGUGCAUUUCUGCACCUGACUUGCAUGCCCGAGUUGCCUUCUGGGAAACUGUUUAACAAACACAUCAAUAAAGAAACUUUACGUUCCUACCA